CCUCGCGUCAUCGUCUACAACGGCGGGGGCGCACGGUGUCGCUGUGGUCGCUGCGACGGCGAGUAGCAGUGAGCAGCAUGGAGGCAUCCUCAAAGCGGGAUUAUCUGCUGUCUCUCUUAUGGGCUCACAAACAUACCACAGUGACGUUAUGUGCUGUCUUUUGGAGUUUCGGCAUGUGUGUGGCAUUUCUGGGCCCGACGUUGCUCGACUUGGGCUGCAAGACGCAGACGGUCUUCUCUACAAUGUCGUGGGUGUUCUUCAGUCAAUCCCUCUUCAUCCUUCUUGGUGCGGCGGCUGCGGGCGCAGUGCUCAUUCAAAGGUUGACGGCCAACGUUACGCUCCUGUUGGGGACGACUGUGAUGACGGUGACGAUGGCGCUGAUUCCCCUAUGCCGGGCGCUUGUGUUGCUCGCCGUGGUGCUAGCACUCAUGGGCUUUUCCAUGGGGGCCAUUGACACAGUAGCUAACGUCUACAUGAUACGCAUCUACGGAAGAGAUGUCUCGCCCUUUCUGCAAGCCCUGCACUUUUUCUACGGCAUAGGUGCAUUCGUCAGCCCCAUGAUCGCUCAGCCAUUUCUGCUGAAUGAAGAUUGCUCAGCCUUCAUUGACAAUGGCUCUGAGCCGCUGGACACGGACUUUGGCCCUGGAGCAUUACCUGCUGCCACAUUAGAAGAAGCGCAGAGAAAAACACACAUCGACUACGCCUUCUGGAUCAUGGCUUUGCUCAUGGUUCCCGUGGUGGCUUUGGCAGCAUCUUUAGUAAUUAAACAGCUCAUGAGAAGAGUUGACGUUACAGAUGAAGCAAACAAGUCCUGUUACGAUAGUAUGGAUGGCGCUGUGUCAGUUGCUUCAGCAGAUACGACGGUACAGUCGACCACGCAGAUUAUUCUGGUUACUUUGCUGACGGCGUCCAUUAUGUUCCUCUACGAUGGACUGCAGGCAGCAUAUGGUGGUUACAUCUACUCAUACGCCGUCAAGGGUCCAGCACGACUUCCAAGACGAGAUGCCGCUUACCUCAACGCCCUCUUUUGGGGGAUGUUUGCCGCGGGCCGCCUAGUGUCAAUCGUGCUGGCAACGCGCCUGUCGCCAUCUAUCAUGCUCCUCUGCAACAUUAUUGGUUGCAGCAUAGGGGUAGUGCUUAUGCUGUGUGUUCCUUGGAGCAAGGCUGUUCUCAUCCUGGGAACGCUCCUUCUGGGAAGCUUCAUGAGCAGUGUGUUCCCUACCGCACUGUCGCUCACCGAACAACGCAUCCAUGUCACGCCUAAAAUAACAAGUACGCUGGUGUUCGGAGCAGCUCUAGGAGAGAUGUCAAUGCCAGUCAUACUUGGCCAUGAGUUUCACCGUGCGGGAGCAAUGGCGUUCUUGGUCACCUGCCUGGUACUCUGCUUGCUUUCUUGCGUGGUCUACUUCAUCCUGUGGCUUCUCGGUCGACGCCAGGGUGCAGUAUUUCCCUGGGAGAAACCUUCAGACACGGCACCAUCGGGGGAAGACGCUGGACUAAUGACGCAUCACGUCCGGUACUACUCCCGCAUGAAGAGCGACCCCAGUGACAACAGCGUGGAGGAGAGAGAGAGCUCUCUCACCGAGCAGUAACGUUUCAGUGGAAAAUCUACUGAUCACUCAGGUUGUGAAAUGGUCGCCUCAAAUAGUGGUCGACACGCUGUUGAAAACGCCAAAUGGGGGCAGCCACAAGAAAGGCUAUAGUGUCUGUUUGUUUUUCUAUUUUACGAUUAUUUUACCUACGUUUACUACGUCCUAGCGAAACAUUUACACAUACCCUUCCUGUUUGCCCAUUGCGUUCCACGAACAUUUUUGUGUGCGAAACACUCCCUGUAAAAUUUUAUAGAAAAUGGAGAUAUAGCCGAAGCUCUAUCGUCGCGUGUGAAGAAGAUAGUUAUAUAUCUUGAUCGUGGCCCGGCGCAGAGCAGGGAGGCGACCUUGGGAUCUUAGUGCCGACCCAACGUCGUGUUCCCUCCCCGCGUUGCGCCUAUGAGCUCCAACUAGGACGAAACGUCCGUCCGCAACUGGGAGGCCACGAUCAAGUUGUAAAAUUGUAGCAACUCAGCGUAGGUGGUGAUGGAACGAAACAGCGUCAAGAGAACGCAGGAGAAGAUAUAUCCUAUAUAGCGCUGACUCGCCACGAAAAACUGCACUUGAGUCGCGCGUCUCUCCUUUUAAAGUGGUCGUGUAUGCGGCGGAUGAAGUCUGUCGAACGAGCAAUGGAUUCAGCAAUGAACGGUCAGCAAAGAAUAGGACCGUCGAAAUACCAGGACUGGAGCAUUCCAAGGAGAGCAAUUAAUGUACUGAGAGUUGAAGCGCAUAGGGAUGACUCGCCUUAAUAGCAUCAAUUUAGGCCACUGGGUGUGCGCAACACAACAGUUUAGCAGCUCUCAAAAUAAUAUUCGGGAUAUUUGGAGUAGCUCCAGUAUCGUUCCUAAUGCGCAGUCCCAUUUUUGGUACGAUGUGUUUCAUGUGGUGCUAUGAGAACUAGGCUUCCGUCUUCUUGUUGUGUAUCUUUCUUUUUUCUCAUUGUUUCCUAUAAAAUAAUCCACUCUUC